GCCAGGGGCGAGAGGCUCUUGGGCUGCGGCUGUCUCGGCAUGAGGAGCGCUCUGACGGCGCCCGGCUUUUCUCUGUUGCUGAUUGGCGUGUCGUUCGCCUGUUACUCGCCUAGUCUGCGCUCGGUGCAGGACCAGGCGUACUCGGCGGCCGUGGUGCUGGAGGGCAAGGUGCAGGCGCUGCCAGCGGCAGGGGAUUCUCCGACGCCGGUAACCGGCAACUGGAGCAGGGACGAAACGCCGGCGUCCGGCAUUCUUGUGAAGGUCCUGGACUUGUGGCCCCUCAACAGCGGUGGGCUCCAGAGGGAGCAGCUCAUCCGCGUGGGCUCCAUGCCGGCGCCCUGCUUCAAAGUCAAGCGUAACCACCGCUACAUCUUCUUCCUGGAGCCCACAGAGCAGCCGCUGGUCUUCAAGAGCUCCUUCGCCCCGCUGGACACCAGCGGCAGGAACCUCAAGAAGGACGUGGGCCGGAUCCUGUGCGUCGACUGCGCUGUCGCUCCAAAACUCAAGAAACUAAAGAGCCUAAAUGUAGAAGUUGGAGCAAAGGUUUCUUUGAAAUGUGAGGCAAGCGCUGGAAAUCCCCAGCCAUCCUACAAAUGGUUCAAAGAUGGCAAAGAAAUUAAAAAGAGCAAAGAUAUCAGAAUAAAAUAUGGGAAUGGAAAGAAAAUAUCUAGACUUCAGUUCAGCAAAGUGAAAGUUGAAGAUACAGGAGAAUAUGGUUGUGAAGCAGAGAAUGUACUGGGAACAGACAUUGCCACAGGGAGUCUCAUAGUUAGAAGUGUAACCACAACUCUGCCUUCUGGGCCUGGACAUACUAGACAAUGCAAUGAAACCGUGAAAUCCUAUUGUGUGAAUGGUGGAGUGUGCUAUUAUAUUGAAGGCAUAAAUCAGCUAUCAUGUAGGUGUCCGAAUGAAUUCACAGGGGACCAGUGUCAGAACUUCGCAAUGGCCAGCUUUUCCAAGCAUCUUGGAUUAGAGUUAAAGGAAGCCGAGGAGCUGUAUCAGAAGAGAGUUUUAACCAUUACUGGGAUUUGUGUUGCAUUGCUUGUUGUGGGAAUAGUAUGUGUAGUAGCUUACUGUAAAACCAAAAAACAGAGAAAUCGGAUGCACAAUCAUUUGCGGCAAAAUAUGUGUCCAGCACAUCAGAACAGGAAUCUAGCGAAUGGCCCUAGCCAUCCUCGGCUGGACCCUGAGGAAAUUCAGAUGGCUGAUUAUAUAUCUAAAAAUGUUCCUGCUACUGAGCAUGUCAUAAGAAGAGAAAUAGAGACCACCUUUUCAGGGAGCCAUUCCUGUUCACCAUCACAUCCUUCUUCCACAGGAACUCCAACUUCAAGCCAAAGACAUGAAAGCCACACCUGGAGCCUGGACCGCACAGAAAGCCUCACUUCCGAUUGUCAGUCUGGGAUGAUGUUGUCUUCUGUAGGAACCAGCAAGUGCAACAGUCCUGCCUGUAUGGAAGCUCAUGCUCGGCGGGAAGCAUCAUACUCCAUUGAGGAACAGAGGAGGCCAAUGAUGCAGUACAGAGAUUCUGUGGAUUCCCUUCGAGACUCACCACAUAGUGAGAGAUAUGUCUCUGCCUUGACCACCCCAGCACGCCUGUCCCCUGUUGACUUCCAUUGCUCAGCUUCAGCCCACAUGCCCACCUUUGAAAUAACUUCUCCUAAUUCUGCUCAUGCGGUCUCACUUCCCCCAGCUGCAUCCAUUAAUUUCCAAGUGGAGGAGCAACAGCCAUUGCUAAGAAGGUACCAAGCCCCCUGUCAAGAUACACAGAGGUAUGAUGCUUACUACCAAAGAAGGAACUAUCUGAAUGAGAGCACAGGGAGCUUGCCCUCCAGUCCCUUCCGCAUCAUAGAGGAUGAUGAAUACGAGACAACCCAUGAGUACAUCACUGCACUAGAACAGCCAAAGAGAACAGGCAGCGGCAACAGGCGGUGGAGGAGAUCUAAACUGAAUGGCCACCUGUCUCACAGAGGCAGAAUGCUUAGAGAUUCCUUUUCGGUCAGCAGCGCCUCAUACAGUGAGUCUGAUGAGGAGCUGAUAGCUGAAAGCACCCCUUUCUUAAGCAAUCGGAACAUGGAGGCAACAGACACAGAUUUGUACUGCUCAGCUGACAACAGAACUUUCUCUUCUUUCAGCAGAUUCAACGCACAGGGUGAAAGCCAACAAACACACACCAGAUCCAGCCAAGGUUUUGCGCCACCUUAG